GAUUUUUUUUAGUCUUAUAGUUGUUACCAUAUAAAGUAUUAUUAUCGUUAUUAAUUAUUACUCAUAUUAAUUAAUUUUCUAAGAACAAAAAUGGCUUUUAAAUCUCAUGCUUCAGGUAUAGCCGCAUCUGUUUACCUUGCAAUCUAUUCUAUUUUCUUUGCAUUCACUAUCAACAUUGUAUUUAGAGUUGGUUGGAGGAGCUUUUAUACGGCUUUAGCUGUAUAUGGUAUAUUUAGAUUUUCAGGUCAACUUUGUGCUGUGGUAUUCUCUGUUUUAGGUUAUACCUAUUGGCAAUGGUUGGUGGCAUAUCUUGUAUUCACCGCUGAAGGAUACUUUAUGUUGAUUUUAAUAUCAUACUUCUUGAUAGCUCAAGCUCAAGAAGAAUCAUUUGGAACUUCAUGGAUUGGACCUUCUAAGAAAGAUAGAAAGAGAAAUGCGGAAUUGGCUACCACCAAAUUAGGCAAACUAAAAGCUAAAUUCCCAAUUGCAGUUAUCUUCCAUUUACUUUUGAUUCCUGCCAAUGUAUUGAUUAUUGUUGGAGGAUCUCAAUUAGCUGGUAUAUCAAUUCAAGAUGCAAAUAAUGAGCUGAGUAAAGUUCAUACAUCUAAAAUAAUGAGAACUGCUGGUCAAUCUGUUUUCUUGUUUCAAACAGUUGCUGCUAUCGGAUUCGCUUCAUAUUGCUAUUUUGUUGAGAAGAUCAGACACAUUAAUAUAUAUACCAUAUUUGCAGUUGCUCCUUUCAUUACAAUCAGAGGUAUAUUUGGUAUUCUUUCAAUUUACAUCCAAAAGAUGAAUUAUUAUGAUUUUACAAAUUAUACUGUUGAAGGUUUGAGUUCAUCAUUUGUGACGUAUGAAUACGUUUUAGCAACAACUAUGGAGUUCGUAACUGCACUUGGUUAUAUCGCUAAUUAUUAUAUAAGGGCCAACAGAAAGAAAGGUCAACUAGAAAAAGUUCACUUGAUGGAAGAAGUUAAUGAUACUGAUGAACCAACACUUGAAAAGAAAAUCGAAGCUUGAUUACAAGUGAUAUAUGAUUUAAACAUAGUAAUUUUUUUCAAAACUGUUAUUUAUUGAAACUAACUUAUACAUUUAUAUACUGAUAAUAC